AUGGAGCCCAGUGAGAAGCAGCGAAGCUCCGAGAGCUGGAGCAAGAUCCUCGACGCGGCCCGCAGGGACCCGGGCUGGCCAGCAGGCCCGGUGGCAUUGAAGAUGGGGCGCCCGACUCUCGAGGGAUCUGCCGGCAUUUUCCGCUACGAAGACACGGCUGGUACCGUCGCCGCCAUGCGCAAGGCGCUUCGUGCCGCCAUCAUCGCUGCCGGCGGCGAGCCUGCAGAAGGCGGAGGCGAUCGUUCGAAGGCCAAGCCACCCUCGGGCACGCCGGAAGGUGAGCCAGCGCCACAUAUCCCGGAUAUUGUCCACUCCACUGUGCUGCGCUGGACGGCCGAGCCGGCCGAUCGUGCUGCGGCACAGGAAGCAUUUGCACAAGUGGCGGAGUCGUGGGAGCAUCUUGAAAUCAUUGCAACGGCUCCGAGAGCUGUUUUCGAGGACAUUCCGUACAUGCACAUCCCGGAUGAUGCGGAGCACACCUGGUGGCGCAGCGCCUGA